CAAAAUGGCAAAGACAAAGGAAUGAGCGAGAUAAACGUGAAAAUUAUAAAUAAGAUUGCGAAAUUCACACACAACUGGGCGUUCGGGUGAGGAAAUUGCGAAAAACUCAAGUGCGGAAAAGUGCGUGCCAGAUAAAGAAUGAAAAAAUCUUAAUUGGCGAUGGUGUUGCUGCUGAUUCACCUGCGCCGUCUCAUUCUGCUGCUGAGCGUUGUCUACCUGAGCGGUGCCGUGUUUCGCCGCUUGCUCAGCGAACGGCAUCAUGCUCAUGUGCUGCAGCCCAAUGGCCUGGGCGGUCUAAUGGCUGGCGGUGGUCGUUGGGCCAAGGAUCCCUUGCACUUUCAAUGGUGGGCAUACAUUUACACCUGCUAUGCGUACAUCGUGCUGGUCAACUAUGUGAGCAUGCGACGUUUGACCAAUCUGAUUGAGUUUUUCUUUAGUUAAAAUAAGUUAAGUGUAUCAAAUUGUUAUGGUUAUUUAAUUAAAAUUAUGAGUAGAAC